AGAGAAGUGGAGGUCCCAUCACUUUCUUUCCUUUUCCUGUCUUCCUCCUCAACUCCCAACCAUCAUUAUAUUUACAGAUAAACUACUCCUUCUUCCUGAUUUCUAGUAUAUAUAGACACACAUACACAAACCCUCAAGCACACGUUGUGUUAUUGAUCACAAGCACACAGAGAGAGAGAGAGAUGAGGAGAGAGAGUCAUCCAUUGUUGAGAGGAGGAGGAGGAGGAGAGAGGAAAUACAGACAUGGGUUCACAGAAGGAGAGAUGAAGUCACUGGGAAGCAUAUGUGAGGUUUUGUUGCCUUCUUUGCCUUUGGAGGCUCUUCAAUCUCAGACUCCUCCUUCUAAGCCUCUUUCAUCCUUCUGGGCUUCUUCUGCUUCUCACCAUCCCAUCCCUCAUCUGGUUGCAGAAAAGUUAGCGAAUAGAGGUUUGAUAGAAGCAGUGAUCCUGGUUAGAGUGAUUCUAUGGCUUCUCUCGACAAGGCUAGGCACAUUGUUGCUUUGUGGAUCUCUGUGUUUCAGUGAGAGAUGGCCCUUCCUCAACAAUUUCUCAGGCAUCCCUUUGCACAAACGAGAGAAGGUUGUUCAGAGCUGGCUCCAGCAUCGCUUCCUCACUCCUAUCAGACUCGCUUUUGCUUACGUCAAAGUCUUAUGCCUCUUAGUUUAUUUCUCCUGGGUUGAUGAAAAUGGUGAGAACCCAGCAUGGAAAGCCAUUGGAUAUGAGGUGCCUGCUGAUGAUGAGAAACCAAGCAAUGACUCUAACGUGAGGCCUCUUCAAAAGGGAAUCGUAGAAACCAUUUAUGAGUCUGAUUCAACUCUGAAACAAUCUCUAGUUGAGAAAGGCCUCCAUGUCACAAUGGACUCCCGAAACAACACCCUGAGAGUCAAAUGUGACGUAGUGAUUGUUGGGUCUGGUAGUGGUGGGGGUGUUGCUGCUGCUGUUCUUGCAAGUGCAGGCCACAAGGUGGUUGUUAUUGAGAAAGGAAACUACUUCACGGCCAAGGAUUAUUCUUCCCUUGAAGGCCCUUCCAUGGACCAAAUGUAUGAAAAUGGAGGGGUUCUUGCUUCUGCGGACUCCAGAAUUCAGCUUCUUGCAGGAUCAACUGUGGGAGGUGGCUCAGCCGUGAAUUGGUCUGCUUCCAUUAAGACCCCAUAUGAGGUGCUUAAUGAAUGGUCUGAGAGCCAUGGGAUUUCCUUCUUUUCAAGCCCCGAGUAUCUGUCUGCAAUGGAAACUGUGUGUCAAAGGAUUGGAGUCACGGAGGAUUGUACAGAGGAGGGUCUCCAGAAUCAAGUACUCAGAAGAGGAUGUCAAAAUCUUGGCUUGAAAGUUGAUUUUGUCCCUAGAAACUCAUCUGGGAAUCAUUACUGUGGUUCUUGUGGUUUUGGUUGUCCAAAAGGCGAGAAACAAGCAACCCAACUUACAUGGCUUGUAGAUGCUGUGGAUCAUGGUGCAGUAAUUGUUACCGGAUGCAAAGCUGAGAGGUUCAUGUUGGAAGGUCAAAGGAGUGGAAGUGACAGGAAGAAGAAAUGCGUAGGAGUGAGGGCAAAAGCUUUAAGCAGCAGAAUCACUAUGAAGCUGGAAUUUGUGGCCAAAGUGACAGUUUCUGCAGGUGGGGCUCUUUUGACACCUCCUCUAAUGAUCUCCAGUGGGCUGAAGAACAAGAACAUUGGGCGAAACCUUCACCUUCAUCCUGUUCUAAUGGCUUGGGGAUACUUCCCAGACAACAUUUCGGAAUUCAAAGGAAAAGCCUACGAGGGAGGCAUAAUCACAUCAGUCCAUAAGGUGCAAUCAUCGAGUGAUCCCAAGUCUAAUGCAAGGGCCAUCAUUGAAACUCCUGCUUUGGGACCAGCAAGCUUUGCUUCCUUAUGCCCUUGGCUAUCUGGACUUGACUUCAAACAAAGGGUGCUGAAAUACUCAAGAACUGCCCAUUUGAUCACAAUAAUCAGAGACAAUGCUUCAGGGCAAGUGACAUCAGAGGGAAGGAUCAGCUAUAAGUUGAAUGCAAUAGACAAAGAGAACAUGAAAGCUGGGUUGAAGCAGGCACUAAGGAUUCUGAUAGCUGCAGGCGCAGUUGAAGUAGGAACUCACAGGAGUGAUGGACAGAGAAUGAAGUGUAAUGGGAUUACUGAAAAAGAAGUGGAAGAGUUCCUAGGCAAUGUGUAUCCAGCAGAGGCCGCCUUAUCACCAGGAAAGCAUUGGAAUCUAUACAGUUCUGCUCAUCAGAUGGGAAGCUGCAGAAUGGGAGUUAAUGAGAAAGAAGGAGCAGUUGAUGAGAAUGGGCAAAGCUGGGAAGCAGAGGGCUUGUUUGUCUGUGAUGGCAGUGUGCUUCCAACUGCAGUUGGUGUGAAUCCUAUGAUCACUAUACAGUCAACAGCAUACUGUAUUUCAAAGAGAAUUGCAGAAUAUCUGAGAGCAGAGCAAAUCCCUAAAGUUCAUUGAUGCUUUUUUCUUCAUAGGAAUCUUCAUUAUAUAAUACGCCUAAUUAGGAUGAAUAUUUUUAUGGUUUAGCAACGUUGUAGAUAAAAUGCAGCACUCUUUAUAUCCAAUAGUCAUGCUUAAUUAUUAGGAAGAGCAAAGUAAUGCUUGAAGUGAGUUUUUAAUAUAUCUCUGCGCAAUAUUUGGAUUGAAAUCAUAUAUUGAAUUUGUUUACUUGUCAA